UCAUUUCAUGUUCAUUAUUCGCGGCAAAUGCUGCGACUCAGCUGUCUUGAUUUGAACUGCAAACGUUGACAUGGGUGAUUUUUUACUUUCGUUGCAUUUGUGCCAAUUUUUGUUACGAUUACCUACUUGUAAUUUUGUUUCGAGUCCGUGUUGAAAAGUUGUAGAAAUUAUUUUCGGGGUGUAAAAAUAAUUACGAUGUACCUAUUUUAAAAUAUGAAUGCUAUCCGGCUUUAGAUCAUCAAUUCAUCAUCCACUGAUGAUAGAAAUUGGAUACCUACUUGAUUGUCAUUUGGAAACAUAGGAAUGUCGCAGCCGGCUGAUUAUCAAUCGGAAAAUGAAAAUCCAUUACCCACUCAGACUCACUUACCAAUACAAGACAAUGUGCCUCCACAUCUCCAGCUUCUAUCAACCCUCGAUCAUUUACUGGUUAAACAGAAAAUCGAGUUUUUUGAAGUAUUCACUGGAAUCGAAACCUGCAACAGAUACGAGAUCAAAAAUAAAGAAGGAGAAGUAAUAUAUUAUGCAUUUGAAGAGGACGACUGCUGUUCUCGAGCUUGUUACAGGCCUGCCGACAGGCCAUUUGAUAUUCGGAUAUGGAGUACUGAUAAAACCGAAAUUAUUCAUUUGCGUCGUGAAUUUGAUUGUUCUUGUUGUGGAACUCCUCAGAUGUUGCACGUUUACUCGCCUCCGGGUAAUUUGGUAGGUAUAGUGGAGCAAAACUUCACUUGGUUUGCUCCAUCUUUUGAUAUUCAAAACGAACACGGUCAAGCUGUGCUGAAACUCAGUGGUCCUGUCAAUCGUACAGCUUUUUUUAGUGACGUUGAUUUCAAAAUAAAAUCACUCGAUAAGUCAACUGUAGUUGGUAAAAUCUCAAAACAAUGGGGUGGUUUGAAAAGAGAAUGGUUCACAGAUGCGGAUUUGUUUGGUAUUUCAUUUCCACUCGAUUUGGAUGUUCGUAUAAAAGCUGUUCUGUUUGGCGCCUGCUUUCUGAUCGAUUUCAUGUUUUUCGAACACUGAAUUCUCAGACAUGAAGGCGUGAUGAAGAAAAUGGCAAAUUGGAUUUUAAAGGAAUCUGUCGCUGAUUAUUGAACUUACAAAGGGUUUGACGUUGUCAACGCAGUUUUUUAUUUUUUUGUACUUAUUUAUUGCUGUUUGUUAAUCUUAAUGCUUAUUUAUACUCAGGUAACGAAACUCAAGUGCCUAUUAAUUUUAAAAAUCGUUGUUUUAUUCGAAUUAAGUACCUUUUCUUUUUCAAUGUUGCAAAAAGAGCAUUUAUUUAUUCGUAUGUUGAAUUUAAAUUGUAUUAUUCAUGAUUUACCUAUGAUGAAUCUAGAGACCUUUCUAAUUAAAAUAUGUGUCUACUCUCACUGUUACUACAUACCUAUGUGGUGUUAUUUUCUGAAUUUCUGAUACGAGGGAACCUACUGAGACUGAGCAUUGCAUUCAGUUAUUGGUUUUAGAAUCAGAAUCCAUACCGUGGCUCACAACAAAAUUUCAGUUGUGUAAUUGAAAACGUAUAGAUGGUGUUUGGAAUUUUCCUAGAACCCUCGAAGAUCGCUUUCAGUCAAACUUUUGAUACCAUAGUGGCAAAAAUAGUAUUUUUAUGGCUCCAAUUGAUAGGAAAAAAAAACAUAAAUUUCAAGAAGUAGGUAUUUUUUUAAUAACGAAGCUUGUUUUAAAAAAAUCUACUGCGAACCGUCAUUUUUGAAUUUUUUAAAAAUGACUUCCACGAGAAGAACUGACCCUCAAAGAAGAGACAGUUGGACGAAUAAAAUAAAAUAAAAAGUUUGAAAACAUUACCUUUAAAAACUCAACAUAGUAUAAGAAGCCACACAAUUUUUCCAGUUUUAUGAAAUUUUGUCGCUUAUUGUAGUCUCCGAGAGGCUCAUACUUAUUAUUAAAUAUUGAUGGAGUUUGUCUCAUUUUGAUACUAACACUAACUAACCUCUUCAGAUAUUUUACAUACGAAAAGAGAUGAGCGAAAGUACAAGCAAUUUUCUGAAUACCGUUUGUAAUAGGUAGAGACAUGAUUAUUUGACGGAAAUAAAGGUGAAAAUUUUUCGAAUAAAUCGGUUCAAAAAAGUAAAAACGAAAAAAAAAGUCCAUUUUUACAAAUUCUGCGAGGGGAUUGAAGAAAAAUGAACCGAAAAACCGAAUAGAUAAUUAUCCGGUUUCCGGUGAACGGAGGUGCUGAGGAACGGGGGUGGUCGACAUUCGGCAUCUAGCUAGUUGUAAGUUGAAAGCUGGUAAAAUGUAAUCAAUGUGAUGUACUUGUAAAAUAAGUGCGUGCGGAUACGUCUCUGUCUCGUCAAUCUGUGGAUAUCAAGUUAUCUUUCAUACAUAUACCUGUAAAAGUGUAUUCGUUAAUGUGAAUAUACACUUACGCGUGUACAUAUUAUAGUAUUGCUAUCGUGUUUCAAGUGAAAAUUGCAUACAUUGUGUGUAAUUGUGACAUCUCAACAAAUAUAUAAUCACCAGUAAAGCACGAAAUUGCAUCAGUCAGUCCACUUUCAAGUUCCAAGGGAGAAGUAAAAACGUGGUAUAAGAAAGCUGCCUGAACCACUGCGCUGCUCAACCACCGCCCAAGGUUAUACAUUGGUCCCUGUCGAGCCCCUUCAAGUUUCAACUGCUCUUGCUGUAACUAACUGCAACAUGUCUUUUUCCAUCCCUUCUGUGUUCGUAUCCCAAUCCACGUCUAAAGCGCCCGCUGAAGCAGACCAAACUGCUACCAAGCUGGACCACGAAGGAGGAGACGUUGCUGAAAAGAAGACCACAAACAGUGACGAGUAUAAGCAACUGGUCGAAGAAUACUCGACAAUGAAAUUACGUCAAUGUGCGACAUUUUACGACGAUGAUGUCCCUUGUGUAGUGCCGGUGAUGAUAGGUACAAAAAUAGUAGGAAUGGAACUUGUUACAGGAUCAGUACCCAAUAUAACAAACUACCAAGCCAUUGACAGCAUACGCCAAGUUGCGCCAGAUUAUGUGGAGUCAAUUCAGCUGGAAAAUGCACUCGAGCUACAAAUGGCUACUGGUGCAAACAUAAAAACUGAUACCACCGUAGCUGUUAUAAAAAUGUUCUUUGGAUCUGAAAUUCUUCGCGUGCCUUUCUACAUAAUAGAAACUGAAACUGCAGAACCCAAAUUCUUUAUGGGUACAAAAUCGAUGAUUGUUCACGGGAUCAAUCCAUGGAUUCGUGGAAGCUGCGCAACUUUCCAACAAUCAGGCAAAAAAGCCUUCUUGGUUCCAUACGUCGAACCUGAUCAAUAUGCCGACGCGCGGUCUCACUUCAACGUUAAGGUUAAACAUUUAGAGACAUACACGCGCGACGAAAUUGCACAGGAAAUGGGUAUCAAGCGCUUAAUAUGUAAUACGUAUUAUUUAAUUUAAUUAUUACCUGUAUAUUCUCAAACAUGAACUAAUUCAAAUCUGUAUUGCUUUGUAAUUAAUAAUGUAUCUACAUUACGAGAAUUAAAUAACGGAUUUGUAUCACUGAA